CUCAAGUCACAGUGAGAGCCUUGACAAUCGAAUGGAAGGAAAAAACUUCUAACCACCAUUUUGUUACUCACAGAAAGUGUUUGAAUGAAGAAUACCAUGAUGACGCAAGCCCAUCUUCACUGCCUGUGUCUUCUUACACUUUAUUUGGUAAUUGGAUAUGGCCAAGAGGGACAGUUUAGUGGCCCCCUGAAACCCAUGACAUUUUCUAUUUUCGAAGGCCGAGAACCACAGCAAGUCAUCUUUCAGUUUAAGGCCAAACCUCCUGCUGUGACUUUUCGACUAACUGGAGAGACAGAUGACAUAUUUAAGAUACAAUCAGAUGGACUUCUAUAUCACGUCAGAGCUCUGGACAGGGAAACAAGAGCUACUCAUAAUCUCCAGGUUGCAGCUCUUGAUGCUCGUGGAACUACAGUGGAGGGCCCAGUCCCCAUCAUUAUAGAAGUGAAGGACAUCAAUGACAACCGACCCCAGUUUCUCCAGAAAAAGUAUGAAGGCUCAGUAAGGCAGAAUUCUCGCCCAGGAAAGCCCUUCAUGUAUGUCAAUGCCACAGACCUGGAUGAUCCAAACACCCCCAAUGGCCAGCUCUUUUAUCAAAUUGUCAUACAGCUUCCCACAAUCAACAAUGUUAUGUACUUUCAGAUCAACAAUAAAACGGGAGCAAUCUCACUUACCCGAGAAGGAUCUAAGGAGUUGGAUCCUGCUAAGAAUCCCUCCUACAAUCUGGUGAUCUCAGUGAAGGACAUGGGAGGCCAGAAUGAGAAUUCCUUCAGUGAUACCACAUCUGUAGAUAUUAUGGUGAAGGAGAAUAUCUGGAAAGCACCUGAACCUGUGGAGAUUAUAGAAAACUCAACUGAUCCUCACCCUAUCAAAAUCACUCAGGUGCGGUGGAAUGACCCAGGCGCACGGUAUUUCUUAGUUGACAAAGAGAAGCUGCCAAGUUUCCCAUUUUCAAUUGACCAGGAAGGAGAUAUUUAUGUGACCCGGCCCUUGGACCGAGAAGAAAAGAAUUCAUAUGUCUUUUAUGCGAUUACAAAGGAUGAACUUGGACUACCAUUUUCGUACCCACUGGAAAUUCGUGUGAAAGUUAAAGAUAUUAAUGAUAAUCCACCUACAUGUCCACCUACAGUGACUGUACUUGAGGUCCAGGAGAAUGAACCACUGGGCAACGCUAUUGGGACACUAACUGCCAAAGACUUGGAUGAAGAAAACACCAAGAACAGUUUUUUAGAGUACAGGAUUGUGGAUCAGACCCCCAAAAUUCCCAAAGAUGGACUCUUCCUGGUCCAAAUCUAUGAUGGAAAGUUCCAGUUAGCUAAACAGUCUUUGAAGAAACAAGAUGCUCCUCAGUACAACUUAACAGUAGAGGUGUCUGACACAGAUUUCAAGACCCUCUGUUUUGUGCAAAUCAACGUUAUUGAUAUCAAUGAUCAGAUUCCCAUCUUUGAAAAAUCAGAUUAUGGAAACCUUACUCUUGCUGAAGACACAAAGGUUGGGACUACCAUUUUGACCAUCCAGGCUACUGAUGGUGAUGAGCCAUUUACUGGGAGUUCUAAAAUCCUAUAUCGGAUUACAGAGGGAGAUAGUGAGGGACGACUAGGAGUUGACACAGAUCCCCAAACCAACACUGGAUAUGUUAUAGUUAAAAAGCCUCUUGAUUUUGAAACAGCAGCCAUUUCCAAUAUUGUGUUCAAAGCAGAAAAUCCUGAGCCCCUGGUGUCUGGUGUAACAUACAAUGCAAGCUCUUUUGCCACACUCAGACUUAUUGUGACAGAUGUGAAUGAAGCACCCCUAUUUUCCCAAAACACAUUCCAAGCAAAAACCAGAGAGGAUGCGGCAGUAGGCACUAAACUGGGCAAAGUAUCUGCCAAGGAUCCAGAAGGUUUGGACAUAAGGUACUCCCUGAGAGGCGACACAAGACGUUGGCUUAAGAUUGACCCUGUCACUGGUGAGAUCUUCAAUGCAGCUCCUCUGGACAGGGAAGUUGAAAGUCUGUACCGGGUACAAGUGGUGGCUACUGAAGUAGGUGGGUCCUCCUUGAGCUCUACUGCACAUUUCCACCUGACCCUUACGGAUGUGAAUGACAAUCCCCCACGGCUGGUCAAGGAGUACACAGGAUUGUUCUUCUGCUAUCCCCUCAGUAAACCUGGAAGUCUUAUUUUUGAGGCCACAGAUGAUGAUCAGAAGCCAUUACGAGGUCACCACUUCACAUUUUCCCUUGGGAGUGAAAGUUUAAAAAAUAACUGGGAAGUUUCCAAAAUCAAUGGUACCCAUGCCAAACUCUCCACCAAGCACACAAACUUUGAGGAGAGAAAUUACACUGUCUUGAUCCGCAUCGGUGAUGGGGGCCAGCCACCUUUGGAAGGGACUGUUUCUCUGCCAGUUACUUUCUGCACAUGUGUAGAAGGAAGGUGUUUCCGGCCAGUACAGCCUCAGACUGGGAUGCCCACUGUGGGCAUGGCAGUUGGUAUACUCCUGUCCACACUUCUGCUCAUUGGCAUAAUUUUAGCAAUUGUGUUUAUACGCAUAAAGAAGGAUAAAGGCAAAGAUAAUGUUGAAAAUGCUCAGGCAUCUGAAGUCAGUCCUCUGAGAAGCUGAAUUUGAAAAGGAAUGUUUGAGUUUAUAUACCAGUGCUAUUUCAAUAACAACUGUUUAAUCCCAUAAUUUUACUUUUCAUCCAAUGUGUGUACUAUAAAUUUUUAGAUAUUCCCCCUUGCCCUUUAAUAUUUUACUUCUUAGAUAUUUCAUAUGUUUACAGACAUUACAGAUAUUUUCCAUUUCCCCAUGGCAUUCACCUCCCCCUGCCUCUGCAGAAGCCUUAGCUACGUAUCCUGAACCAAAAAUGUAUGUGUUUUUCCCUUUUGGGAAAAGAUGAACUAAUUAAAAUGAACUAUUCUGUACAUUUUAUCUUCCUCAAGAAGAUUUAUCAGCUGUCCACCAUAAAAUUUCUUGGAUAUCAUUUAUGCUUUUUUCGUUCCAUCCUAUGCCUCCUUCAUCCAUACUGCCUUUGCUAUUUUACUGACUUGAGAAUAUUUGUCAGAGAAAACAACAAAGUGAGGUCUUGGGGGGAAAAGCAGCCUUGGCCCUUAGCUGAAACAGAAAGAAACUCUUUGGUGUUAUUAACCUUUUGUAAUCCAAGGUGGCUUUGGCUGAGAUUCCUUAACCUGGGAGGGGCACAGAUUCACAGAAGGUAUCCAACUACAGUCGCUCUGUUCCUGCAGAGCACUUCAUUAGCCCUUACACAGGAACCACCCAACUGACCAGUUUACUCACUAGCUACCACGCUUACAU